AUGUCGGAAAACAUUCCUGAGUCGAGACCGACCUCCAUCUCCUCGAAGUCGCAUCGUCCGACCAAGAAGCGAGCUCUUACUCCUUCAACCGCGCAGUCUGCUCGGGUCGAAGCUCUCUUCGCCAACCCAGAUCGCGCAGACACUGCUCUCGCGCUCGGUCCAAAGGGCAAAUCAGUAGCCGCGCCGCCAGAGAUUGUCGCCAAUGUGCAAGGAUCUUCGGCCGGUGCUGGAAGCGGAGAAUUUCACGUCUACAAGGCGAGUCGAAGGCGCGAGUAUGAGCGACUGCGGGCGAUGGACGAGGAGGUGCGGGAGGAAGACGCGGAGAAAGAGUUCCAGAAGCAGAAAGAGGAGAGGGAGAAGAAAGACGACGAGAAGUUGAGCAAGAAUCGUGCCAAGCGGGAGAAGGCGAAAAUGAGGUCGCAGAAGAAGAAGGCGGGUGGAGAUGCGGCGGAGGGUGGAAAGCAGGGGAAUGGAGACGGCGUCAAGAAGAAGCUGGGUCCUGCGAAGAUUGCGCCGCAAAGCAAUGGCACUGCUGAAGAUGCGUAUGCGGAUGGGAGUGAGCAAGCAGUGCCGGAGGAAGUCGGCAUCACCAUUCACGACGACGAUUGA